AUGAAACUGUUCGUAGCUAUCCUGGCUCUGGCCGUGGCCUCGGCCUCCGGUGCCGCCAUGCCCCGCUCGUCGGCCGCCCCCAUGAAGGCUGUCCACACCAAGGACAUGCAGGGUCGUAUUACCAACGGCUACCCAGCUGAGGAGGGCAAGGCCCCCUACACCGUGGGACUUGGAUUCAGCGGAGGCUGGUGGUGCGGUGGCUCCAUCAUCUCCAACACCUGGGUCCUGACUGCUGAGCACUGCAUCGGAGAUGCCGCCUCCGUGACUGUAUACUUCGGAGCCACCUGGCGCACUAACGCCCAGUACACCCACUGGGUUGGCAAUGGUGACUUCAUCAAGCACGGAUCCGCUGACAUCGCUCUGAUCCGUAUCCCUCACGUCGACUUCUGGCACAUGGUCAACAAGGUGGAGCUCCCCAGCUACAACGAUCGCUACAACGACUACAACGAGUGGUGGGCCGUGGCCUGCGGAUGGGGCGGCACCUAUGACGGUUCUCCUCUGCCCGACUACAUGCAGUGCGUCGACCUCCAGAUCAUGCACAACUCCGAGUGUGUUGGAUAUUACGGCAGCGGCACCGUUGGUGAUAACAUCAUCUGUGUAAGGACCCCCGAUGGCAAGUCCACUUGCGGUGGCGACUCCGGCGGCCCCCUGGUCACACACGACGGUACCAAGCUUGUGGGUGUUACUAACUUCGGCUCCACUGCCGGCUGCCAAUCGGGUGCUCCUGCUGGCUUCCAGCGUGUGACCUACCACCUGGACUGGAUCCGCGACCACACCGGUAUUGCAUACUAAUAAACGAAAUAAAGAUUUAUAAAGAUUUUUAAAAAGCAA